AUGAAGAGGGAAAACGGUGCCGGACAAGAUGCUUUGAUGGAUGAAGAGGAGGAGCCCCGGCCUCCAUAUCUACAUGCAAUGCUUGCCGGAGGUACCGGAGGCACUUGCGGCGACAUGCUUAUGCAUUCGCUAGAUACGGUCAAGACCCGGCAACAAGGCGACCCUAAUUUUCCCCCGAAGUACACCUCCAUGACCUCAUCGUAUGCGACCAUCUACCGACAAGAAGGAUUUUUCCGCGGUCUUUAUGGUGGUGUCACCCCCGCCCUCCUUGGUUCUUUCCCGGGAACUGUCAUUUUCUUCGGGACAUAUGAAUUCACCAAGCGAUGGAUGUUGGAUGCGGGGAUCAACGCGAAUGUGGCAUAUUUGUCUGGAGGGUUCAUUGCGGACUUGGCCGCUUCUGUUGUAUAUGUUCCCUCGGAGGUGUUGAAGACACGGCUGCAACUUCAGGGGCGCUAUAACAACCCUUAUUUCAAUUCUGGAUAUAAUUACCGCUCGACCUCAGACGCGCUGCGAACGAUCAUUCGACAAGAAGGGUUUUCUGCGCUCUUCCAUGGGUACAAGGCUACCAUUUUCCGUGAUCUACCUUUCUCUGCUCUUCAGUUUGCCUUCUACGAACAAGAACACCGCCUCGCGAAAGAAUGGGUAGGGUCUAGAGAUAUCGGUCUUGGGCUAGAGAUCUUGACUGCUGCCACCGCUGGUGGAAUGGCAGGCGUGAUUACUUGCCCAAUGGAUGUCGUAAAGACCCGAAUUCAGACACAGCAGAACCCAGAUGCUGUCAAUCCUUCUUUCGCUUCGUCCAAGGCCCCCGCUGAGCGCGCUUCUACAAAGGAGACUCCUCGGCAGCAUACUUCAACCCAAACCACUUCGAGCCUCCGGACUCACUCCCGGCCGAUCUCAACCGGAGGAGCUUCUACUUCGGUACGGCCCCCUGGAACGCCUCGCCUGGACACCUCGUCAUUCUUCACUGGCUUGAAGAUGAUCUACCAGACUGAAGGAUUUUCCGGGUGGUUUCGCGGCGUUGGCCCACGCGGCGUUUGGACCAGCAUACAAAGCGGGACCAUGCUGGUCAUGUACCAGUAUCUGCUGAAGCAGCUCGAGACAUGGCAAACUACUGAGGAGACGGGUCAUCUUUAG